UUUGUUAUCUAUUUAAUUUAUAGAUUUCUUAUUGCUCCUUACCUGAACAUAAAAAAGCUAGGGCUACCAUUUCCCCGUCCUAGGCCAAUGGUGGGUAAUCUUUUCGAUUUUGGCCCUGGUAAUCAACAUGUUGCUCAGAUGGAAUGGGGUAAACGGUACGGAAGGGUUUACGCUUCCUUAUUUUUUCAAAUCCCAACUAUUUGGAUAGGCGAUCCUGAUAUGAUCAAAUCCGUCAUGGUGAAAGAAUUCUCAAACUUUACCAAUCGAUUUCCAGUGACUAAAACAUUACAUCCUUUUGAUAAGUCUAUUCUGGAGUUAAAAGAUCAAGAUUGGAAACGUAUGAGAAAUAUAUUAAUUCCUACAUUUACAACCUCAAAACUAAAAUUAAUACUACCAUUUAUAUCGGAAGCUAGCGAUAUCCUCAUUGAUACACUGAUUACAGCUGAUGAAGAGGGUAAAAUCAUUGAUUUAUGGCAGGCAUCCGGUCAUUAUACUAUGAAAGUUAUCCUUGCAACUUCCUUUGGUAUUCAGAUUGAAUCGGAAAAGCAGGAAGAAAAGCUAAUGAACGCAGCUGGGGCACUCUUUCGAUCUGAUCCUGGCAUAUUACAAGUUCUCAUGAUUAUUUCCCCUCGAGUAUUCUCUGCUUUAGAACCAAAAUUCGGCGGACCUCUAGUAUCUUCCAUAAACUAUAUUAUUCACUUAACUAAACAAGUUAUCAACGAGCGAAGGAGGAAUAUCCACGCUGGCGUAACAUGCCGUCGCGACUUAAUACAGCAAAUGAUAGAAGCUGGUGACAAUGAUAAAUUAAAUGAUGAUGAGAUUAUAGCUCAGGCAUUUAUUUUUCUUACAGCCGGUUAUGAAACCACUCAAAAUACUUUAGCAUUUGCUUGCUAUUUAUUGGGUACAAAUCCUAGAGUGCAGCAGAAGUUAAUAGAUGAAAUCGAUUCCAAAUGUCCUGAUGUAAAUUCGGUUAGCUACGAUAUUAUAACUAAUCUACCUUACUUAGAAAUGAUUGUCUCUGAAACAUUAAGAUUGUAUCCUCCAGCACAUUUCAUUAAUCGAGACGUUAAACAAGAUACAACAAUUAAUGGCGUUCAUAUUCCUAAAGGGGUUAUGAUUGGUUUCCCAGUAUAUUCCAUCCAUCACGAUCCCCAAUUUUGGUCUAAUCCAGACGAUUUUAUUCCUGAGAGAUUUAUGCCAGAAGAGAAAGUAAAACUUGUACCUUACAGCUAUAUUCCUUUCGGUGGUGGGCCUCGUAAUUGCAUUGGAAUGCGUUUAGCAUUACUAGAGGUCAAAUUAGCCUUAGUAAAAUUAAUGCAAAAGGUUAAAUUCACAACAGUUAAAGAGACCGAAAUUCCGCUUAAAUUAAAGGGGUUGUCAUCACUUUCUCCACUUAAUGGUAUUCGUUUAGGCAUCGACCGUCGAUAG